AUGACAGCAGCGAUGAUAGCACAUGGGAGGGCGACUAUGGACUACAAUAUCGACAAUGAGAAAGGCGGUGACGACUAUUUCUCUGAACCUUCUGAUGUUGAGGACUCUGUUUACCCCACUGGCGGCGACUAUUACACCUCUGACACUGGCGACAGCGCCGCAGCACUCAAGCCCAUGGUCCCCCGCGCUGCUGCUACUCACCGCCCGCCACGUGCCGUGGCACUUUCCACGCCUGUUCCUCCGAACCAAGCUACCCAAGCCAAGCAGGUUAAGCGCCAAGCCGGGGCUCGAGGCUCGGGCUCCCAAGCCAAGCCGGUGAAGCGUCCGGGCAACUACCACGGCGGUUCGGCCCAUGCCACACCAGGCCACCACAACGGCAAGCCCAGUCCCUCUGCCCACGUGGCAGCAAACCAGCACGCAGUGGCGAGGGCAGCAAAGCACAGCACCCUGGUUGCACCGACAGGGCAGGGGCAGGCGCAGGGACAGGGUGCGGGGGGAGCGUCUGGGAGCGGAGGUGGAAGCUUCAGCAGCUCUGGUGGCGGGCUGGUUGCCACUCCAGGUGCUGGCAGCGGUGGCAGUGGCGGCACUGGUGGCACCGGCAGUGGUGGCAGCACUGGUAGCACCGGCAGUGGCAGUGGCACAGGCAGUGGAGGAGCAGUGAGCAGUCCGGACCCAGCAGCAGGGGAUGCAUCAUACGAUGAUGAUGAUGGUGCUGCUGGUGAUGGUGAUGCCGAUGACGUCACUCCUGACGACCCCCCUGCUGAUGGCGUCCCGAUCCCCCCGGUCCUCCCACCCACCACGCCGCCCACCACCCCUCCUCCCACCACAGCUCCUCCUAGCACCCCUCCUCCUAGCACCCCUCCUACCACCCCUCCUCCUAUCACCACUCCUCCCACCACCCCUCCCCCAACUACCACUCCCCCAACCACCCCUCCCCCUUCCACAACUCCUCCCACCACCCCUCCGCCCACCACCACCCCUCACCACCUGCGGUGCGGCGUCGCCCCCGGCUCACUCCUCAACGCACUCAACUGGGCGUGUGGGCCCGGGGGCGCAGACUGCUCCUCCAUCCAGCCGGGCGGCGCGUGCUUCCAACCCGGCAACCUCGCCCUGCACGCGUCAGUGGCCUUCAACUCCAUCUUCCACUCCCACGCACACCGCCCCGGCUCCUGCUUCUUCGGAGGCAACGCCGUCGUCGUCCCACAUGUGCCCGACUAUGCUGCCGGCCCGGCCACCUGCACGUUCCCGUCCUCCAACGGCCAGUUCUGUGUCGCCGCCUGCCAGGAGAUCCCUGACCCAUACUCUCCCCCACAGGGCCUUGUGAACCCGGUAUACCCGCAAUACUCCCCCGAGCCGGAUUACCCUCCCAGAGGUGUGGUGGCGCCGGGUGGGGGCGGAGGGGGAAGGGGUGGGUGUGCGGCAGACAUGGGGGCGGUGCAGAGGGCACUGGACUGGGCGUGUGGGCCGGGUGGGGUCGACUGCUCUCCCAUACUGCCAGGAGGGGCGUGCUGGCAGGGAAAUGGCGCGCUGGCAGCGCAUGCGUCUCACGCCUUCACUGCGUACUUCUACCGCCACAACCACCAGCCCGGCACUUGCUUCUUUGGCGGCACGGCGGUGGUUGUCCCCCGCGUGCCGGACUAUGCUGCUGGCCCGCCCUCCUGCACUUGGCCCUCCGAUAAUGGCCAGUACUGCGUCGUGGGGUGCUGA